CUUUUCUUUCUCUUUCAUCUGCCCAGCAUGUAGUUUAAAACACCGAACAUUGGAGAAUCGCUAUUUGAAACACAACCAUCGCACCACUCACGACUACUGAUCCAUUCGUCACACUUCUGAAAAACCUAGAACCAACAAUGCUUAAUGCCACAAUCACCAACUAACCACCAUCUCGGAACCCACAUUGCCUUCAACCACCAUCACAGAAAAACCCCACCACCGUCGUUGCUCUCUGUAUGUGCACACUCCACCAAAAAACUAGCAAUGUCUCCACCACCAUACAACCACACCAAUGAUGACGAUGAAUCUCAUAACCAUGCACCAUUCCUUCUUUCUCUGUUUCUGUCGCGAUCUUCAUUUUUGUAUUAAUGAAGAUAAGAUUGAUAUGCAGAUCAGUUAGACCAGUGAAUUGUGGUAAUUGGGGUUUUUUAGGUACAAAGCAUGUUGUUGGAGAUGGUCUUAGCACUUGGCCUAAUCUACUCAUACUGAGGUUCUGUUCAAGACUAGUCUGGGUGAAAAUUUCUCUUCAAUCUCAAUUUUUCCCAAAUCCAACAGUGUUGAAUAUUUUUCUUAAAGAAGAUGAAGAUUUCAAGGCCAUGGGUAUGAAAGGAACUUCUGCUACAUUUUGAGGUAUGAUUUAAAAGAAGUAGACUGAUGAGGUUAGUGUAUAUGCGGGUUGUUUGACAGGAUAUGUGUGUUUUGUUCCUGGAUUUAGUUGGGAUCUUUUUGCUUUUGGUUAAGUUCUCUUGUGAAUAAUUAAUUACAUUGUUGAUAAAGUGGUGGGGCAAAAUGGAAGGAAAUAUCAUAUUUUGUAAAUUGCACUUGAUUCGAUAUGUUUAUUUCUUUAGUAAAAGUCAAUAAUUCAUAUCAAAAGGUAAAAUGACUAUGUGUGUAUGCGGGUUAAAAAGUCUACAUAUAGAAAAGUUUGUACUUAUAGAAAGGCGUUGUUGGAAACGAGAUUGUGGC